AUCAUUAAUCGAGCUUCAAUGCAACGCAAGUAACAAGCAUCGAAUAGAAAAUUAUUAAAAUAAAAAAAUGGGGACCAUUAUGUAUAUUUUCUCUAGCAAAACACAUCAUUCAUUUUGUUUUUUCAAACUAAAGGAAUAAUUAUUAUAAGUAAACAAGAGAGUCAAUAUACUGUACUUCCCAUUUCUUCAAACACUGAUCUGAUCCCAAAGAAUCUAAGGUUGUUCCGGUAACUCUUUAACAAGAGAGAGUUGGAGAUAUGGGACGUGGAGUCAGCUAUGGAGGAGGGCAGAGUUCAUUGGGGUACUUAUUUGGAAGCGGUGAGGCGCCAAAAUCAACCACGACAAAUGCACCAGCUGUUCAAAGUGAAGGGCCGGCAAUAAAUAAGGAGCCAGCUUCAAAGCCUGCUGUUUCUGCUGCAGUUGAUGCUACUAAGCAGAUUCCUGCUGGUAUUCAGAGCACCGCUUCGAGAAACCAUUUUGGGUCGGAUGGUCAAAACACAGGCAACUUUAUCACGGACCGGCCAUCUACCAAAGUCCAUGCUGCUCCUGGAGGUGGAUCUUCUUUGGGUUAUCUCUUCGGCGGUGGCAGCAACUAAGCAAUUCUUCAAUCUAAUAGUUGGAUAAUUGUUCCAUCACCUUUCUUACCUUGUCUUUAGACGACUAUGUUGUAAUUGUAAUUGUAAUUGUGAGUGCUCCAGGUUGUUGUGAAGUGUUAGUUGCAUAAGGCUUUGGUCCAAAGUACCAGUUUGACAACCCAUGAAACUAAAGUUACUUUCAAUGUGAUAUGUCACUUCUGUUAAUUGAUCAUUUGAGUGAAGUUUUUCUUGCCUAAACUUUGUAGCUGUGCUGGAUUAUAUAUAAUUGAUAGUUUGGAAUCA